CAGUUCUGACACUGAAGUGUGGUGCGAUGCUUCCAAGCUGGUCGAUGCGAUCAAGCGGUAUAUAGAGCACACGACAACGUUGGCACCCGGAUUCUCCACCCGUCUAGUCAAUUGUUUUCUCAACUCCAAAGUACCACCCUCCGCCCUUAGCGGAUUAUGCAGUUUAUCCCUCCUCACAGUAUUCAAGCAGCAGUGGGAGGCGUCUCCUGCAGGACCAUGGACAUGCUCACUGACAAUCUGGCUGGGGUCGAUCCAGAUGAACAGAUGCACAUUGUCCGACUUGUGUUCCACCUACUCGACUACAUGCCUGACUCUGUGGAGCCCAUCUACCACCGUUUCUUCAUGGCACUAGAAAACCCAGCAAUAUCACCACCUGCUCGUCUGUUAUUGCUGAGGUUAAUGGCUGUAGCUGGCGGCAGGUUCUCCUUCGAGCCCGGCGAGCUAGACUGGUGCUCAGUGAUAUCAGAGUCAUUUUACGACUGCAUCACGCAAGCGCAAGACCUUCACCUAUGUUCCUGGUUGGUACGGUCACUCGCAGACCUGUCUUUACGUGUGUCUCUACAAGAAACCACCCAACGGCGCAUCCAAGAAGUGUGCUCUGACUUGCGAAGAUACUUAGAGGGGACCACCCAGCUUCUUUACAAACCACCGGAAAUAAAGGAAUAUUAUUGGUGCCAGUGGUCCUAUUAUACAGGAUUCCAGCACAGUGGGUCAUCUAUGACACGACAUUCACCGGAACGUACAUUGGUAAUGGCAAGGGGAGCACUGGAAGACUUGAUUCGCUUUUUCCAGCAGAACGAAACCCAGGAGACAGACAUGCGUCCCCGGUCCAGCACCAUUCGAUCGCUAUGAUUUACGGGCGGCAGAGCUGGGGCAGCACAGGAUUGCGAGCUUUUCCAAUGAUGGAAUAUGUGUCCUGAUAGAAUUCACAUAACUUAUCC